AUGCCGCAACCUGUGGGCGGCGAAUAUCUCUCUGGGCGCCAGCCCUUGCUCGGAAAGUCAAACGUUGGAGGCAAUAUUCACGGCCAGAGCUCCCUUGGCUCGUCGAAUGCCAGUAACGCGUUCGGUGUUGGCAGAAACCAACGCAACCUCGCCAAUCCGCGUUCAGGAUCUCUCUCGGGCAACGCAUCCAGUCGAUUGACAGGAAAGCCACCCAGCUCAGCUCAAGCCAAAAGUAAUUCGACAUUGCGUCAGCAGCCGCUUCAGGUGCACAACCAUUACCCGCAGAUCGGCCUUCGCAGCUCUCCCAACUUCCCGGUCUUCCUUCCCUACGGAGCACCAAACGUCGACCACGAGGGGAAUCCAACACCUUCAUAUCCUCCCGUCGAGGUGGCAGCCUUGCCAGUUCCUGCGUACGGAAACCCAACGGCGGGCGAAGACUUUCCCGCCGAGCUCGUAGCUGUUCCCUGCACCGCCGAGCAAUUUGAUGCCUACCCCAAGAUAACAGGCGAGAUCGAGAGUCCCGGCCUUCUUCUCGACUUGGCCGAGCCCGCGGCACAGAACAAGACGGAAGUCGCACAAAAUACUUCGGCACAGUCCAAUCAGUCGAAAAAGUCGAAUCAGUCCAAAAUCCCCCUCGACCCUCGGAUUAAAUCUCGCGCAGCUCAAGGGGCCACAUCCACCCAGGUUCAGACGGCAAAGAAGGCCGCUACCCCUCGCAACACGACACCAGCUCGCCAGAAUAUUCCGGCCGUAGUUUCACAGGCCGUUUCCUCACAGACCAUUACGGCCUCAGCCGGCUUGGGAUCGAACACUCAGUGGCCCCAGCCGCUUCAUGCUUUGGUUCCGCCUCAAAGCCAACAGCCCGCUGCCCAGACGGGCGUCAUCGGUCAAGAUGGUACAUACUGCCCACAGGGGCCUCUUGUUGUGGCUGGUUGUGGCCUUGGCACCGCGCUUCCCACCACAUUUGGCAAAGCGAAUGCGAGCCACGACAUCAAAGUCGACAACAGCCGGAACGCUAAAAAGAACAAGGACCCAAAUAGCAGUCCCUCACGGGUUUAUACGGCUCCAAUAUAUCCAAAUCCUCCCUUCGGUCCCCUCCUUGCAGAAAACCGACGCCUCUUCACGUACACCCCAAAUUGCCAGCUUACCGCGGGCCGUGCUUUCACCUCAGAAGAGCUCCGUCAAUAUGUCGACAGCCGACGUUGCAUCAUGUGGGUCCAGCAAGCGCCUUCGCAGUGUGCCGGACGCAUGGAUCCGGAUGAUAAGAGAUGCCGCUGGGCGUCGUGCCCGAUCAACGCACGAAGCAUUUCCUCCGGCUGGCUUCGUGUAGCCCUCGAUGAGUUCCCAAACUUGACCUCAGACGGAACUAAGGACCCUUUCAAAGUUGCUGGUUUGUUGCACCUCUGGUGCUUUGAGCAGAUUUUUGAUCCAAUGGAGUUUUACACGACAUGCCGUCUCUUCCCUGACGCUCGCCAGCUGCCCAAGGAAACAGUCAAUGCCAUGGCUAUCAACCGCGAGACGGACAGGGACAUCGUCGAAGAGUGCUACAUCAAAUGGUUCCAGGACCACGAGGAGGAGUACAACCAGCACGGUGCCGUUACACAACCCAGGGAGCACCAGAAGUCGCUUUCCUAUGCGCUUAUCAAGUACCAUCUCGACAACCAGACCACUGCACGACAGAAAGCGCGGGCCAGUCGAAACCAGGACAAGGCGACGGACCGCCAAAAGACAAUCGACGUCCACGUCGGCGACCUGAGUUUGUAUGCCCGAGUUUCGAAAAACUGCAGAGCCACGGCCAAGCUUGCCCAAUCUCAGCAAACACAAGAAGACAUCAUCGUGGACGACGACGGUGACACUACUUCGGGAGACAACAUGAGCAUCGGAUGGUCGCCUGCCGCCGAGGAUGUAACGACGACAGAAUCGAAUAGCUCCCCGGUCACCGACCAGGAAAUGCCGCCCCCAAUCAGCAAGGCGACUAAGGUCGCUCGGACUAGAAACGUAUUUGAGACACCAUCGAAGCCGACAACGUCGAGAAACGCCACAAACUUGAAGAUCAAUAUCCCUGGCACAACUUCCAACACGAUGGAGAGACCGGGAAAGAACAAAGCCACAGAUGAUGUCGACAUGUCGGACUUUGUUGCUGAUGAAGCGACAAAAGAUGUCCCUCGCUUCGACCUUCUCAACCCGGACUCCUGGAAGGAGAAGACGCCAGCCCCAGCGUCGCCCAUAGAACAAUACUUCAACCCUCUCAGCAGUCCGCUCGCCGGCAUCGCCGCCCCAGCGGUGAUGCAGACAUCCUUGAGCUCGCCGGUUGUACGAGGCAGCAUCGUGGCUAGAGGUCUCACUGCCCAGCAGGCAUUAUUAGCCAAGGCUCAGGAGCGGCAUCGCCGCAAGUCUGCCGCCACGCAAGGGGUCACUCCGCAGCAGCCAUCGCUCCAAGGGGGCUCGAAGCGGAAGCGUGACGAAGAACACAUGGAGCCUGGGUGUGUCAGCGACGACCGCCGCCCGGCUAAGAUGCAGCACUUGGACCAGCCGUCGCUGAAGCGGAAGCGACACGAAGACGAUAUGACCGAAACUUCUCCCAGCCCAAAGCGGCGCCGCUCCGAGAUAGACCUGACAGCUCCCAACCUGAUGGGUCAGCAGCAAGCGAACGUUCUGUCUGCCCAAGCCGCCGAAUCCGUGGCGCCAGUUGCUGCACAAGUCACCCAGCAAACAACCGGGGCUGCCAUCGUGGCAACUAACGAGCCGAACGCGCCGAAUACUUCUUCAAAUAACCAGCCUGACAACGUUUCCGAGGGCAUUGCGGAAUUCCCGGAUAUGCAUGGCAUGAAGACCCUGGACAGCUUGUUUGAGGGGUCUGCGGCCGAUCUCGACGUGGACAGCCUCGUCGAAACAUUUGAAUGGCCACAGUGA